AUGGCUAUGCAGGCAUUGGGUUCCAUCCGGGAACUCUCAAUCCAAUGGCAGCAGCCAGUAAGGACAUUGAUCGACCUCACCAAGAUCAUGAUGUUCGACUUCCAUUUCGUCCGAACUUCUUGCUUCUUUGGAACAGACAGUCCCGUGCUGUAUUUUGUCAGUCGCCUGCUCACAUGUCCCAUUGCUUGCAUUCUUCUAAUAUGCAGUUGGGUGCUGAACAAGAUGCUCGGGCGGCGCAAACCAUUCAACACUGUCAUGAACCAGUGUGGAUUGUUGAUCUUCGCUUUCUUCCUGUCCAUCACCCGCAGCACACUGAUUCCUUUUCAGUGUGUGACCAGCCCAAAUGGAAGUAGCUCAAUGUUGCUGCACCCGGGCAUUAUUUGUUUUGAGUCCAAAGAUCAUGCACUUUUCGUGUGGCUUGCAGUUGCAGGAAUAGUGACUCAGCCUGUGGCCGUCCUUGGGUUGGCAACCUAUGUCAUUUGCAGCUAUCCAUCGCAAGUAGCCAGUGGGAAGGGGCAGCGCUUCGCAACUCGAUAUCGCUUCCUGCUCCACCGAUUUAAGCCUGAUGCGUACUACUACGGCUUGGUGCUGCUCUAUCGUAAUGCUUUGGUUGCUCUGAUGCCUACUGUUCUGGUUGGUAUUCCGGAAGUUCAAGUGCCACUCAUGGGCAUGAUUUUGAUUGCCGUCCAGAAUCUUCAGAUCCACACAGCUCCGUGGCGCACAGGCUUGGCCAAUCUGGUGGAUGUUCUUUUGACCGACCUUCUUCUGGUAAUUUUACUGAGCGCUGGGCCCUUGCUACUGACGGACAAGACACAGUCCGCCACAGUGCUUGGCUGGCUUCUUUGCAUACCAGUUCUUUCCAUGUUGCUUGUGGCUUUAGUUGGAUUUGUCAAAGUUGGCCCUAAAGCAUAUUCAGCGGAAUACAAAGCUUUAUGGUAUCUUCCUAUGCCAUCACAAGGCCGGUGGGGGCAGCCUGAGCCGCCUGCUGAAGAUCCUGAUUAG